ACAUAAUUAAAGGUUGCCUAAAAAGAGCCCAAGUUAUCAUCCUGAUAUCUGAAACAAACCCGCCAAGCCAUUUUGCUCAGCAAUAAUGUCUACUACCACAAAACUUGAAGAGAACCCAAACAUGAAAACCUUUCAACCAUCUUCAUCCCCGACACCUCCAACUCAAAAAUGGUCAGCCAGCUUUGCAAAGAUUGUGCUUUUGGAGCUAAAAGUGCAAAGGGGAAUUGUUAUUCCAUUGAUAGCAAUGAAUUUAACAUGGUUUGCAAAAAUAGCAAUCACAACAGCCUUUUUAGGCCGCCUUGGGGAGCUUAACUUGGCAGGUGGCGCACUUGGGAUCACGUUUGCUAAUGUCACAGGUUUGUCUGUCUUGAAUGGCCUCUGUGGAGCCAUGGAACCCAUAUGUGGUCAAGCUUACGGAGCCAAAAACUUUAAACUCCUUCACAAGACUCUCCUCAUGGCAAUCUUAUUAUUACUACUUGCAACACUACCUAUAACUUUCUUGUGGCUCAAUGUUGAUAAAAUUCUUAUCCAUUUUGGUCAACAAAAGGAUAUAUCAAUUGUGGCAAAGACCUAUCUUUUCCAUCUCCUCCCUGAUUUGGUAAUCACUUCAUUUCUAUGUCCACUCAAAGCCUACUUGAGCUCACAGAGCAUCACAAUUCCCAUAUUGUUUAGCUCGGGUCUGGGUCUAGCUUUUCACAUUCCCAUCAACAUAUUACUUUCAAAAGCUAAGGGUCUUGAGGGAGUUUCAAUGGCAACUUGGGUCACUGAUCUCCUUGUAGUGAUAUUACUUGCCUUGUAUGUAUUUAUGAUGGAAAAUAGGGAAAGAGGAUGGAAGGAAGGUGGGUGGUGUGAACAAAGCGUUAGUGACUGGCUCAGGUUGCUCAAGCUCUGCGGACCUUGUUGCCUUACCGCCUGCCUUGAAUGGUGGUGUUAUGAGAUUUUAGUCUUGCUCACAGGGAGGCUACCGAAUGCUAAGCAGGCUGUUGGAGUGUUAGCAAUUGUGUUAAACUUCGAUUACCUGCUUUUCUCUGUGAUGUUAUCAUUAGCCACAUGUGCAUCCACCCGUGUGUCAAAUGAACUUGGUGCAAACCAUGCCGGUCCUGCUUACCAGUCAGCAUAUGUGUCUCUGGCAGUGAGCUUCAUCUCCGGUUUCAUAGGUGCCAUAGUGACAGUAGCAGCCAGAGGAAUAUGGGGGCCUCUGUCUAGCCAUGAUAAGGGGACUAUAAGAGGUGUAAAGAAGAUGAUGUUGCUAAUGGCUCUAAUGGAUGUAGUAAAUUUUCCAUUGGUAGUAUGUGGAGGAAUUGUCCGGGGAACUGCUAGGCCAACGUUGGGUAUUUAUGCCAAUCUUGGUGGGUUCUACCUUCUAUCUUUACCCUUGGGUGCAGUUUUAGCCUUCAAGGCAGCACUUGGACUUGGCGGGAUGUUGGUAGGUUUCUUGGUGGGGAUGGUAGCCUGCUUGGUUUUACUGUUGGUCUUUGUCAUAAAGAUUGACUGGGAUGAAGAAGUUGUCAAGGCACAAAAACUAGCAUGUGAUGUGGACACUGUUAAGGAAGAUGAAAGUCACUCCAGUUCCAGUGUGGACAAGUAUGAGAUCAACUGAAUAAAUUGUAAACAUUUGUUUGUACAGUGUUAUAAACGCCUUUAGC